AUGGCCAGGUUGGAGGGCCUCGUGCCUGCCGGCCGCAUCAGGGUGCUCAAGGAGACGCCUGCCGCCGGCGGGAAGGAGAAGGGAUCGGUGGUGUACUGGAUGUUCCGGGAUCAGAGGUCCCGGGACAACUGGGCGCUCAUACACGCCGUCGACCUUGCCAACCGCUCCGGUGCGCCCGUAGCCGUCGCCUUCAAUCUGUUCCACCGCUUCCUCGGCGCCCACGCACGGCAGCUCGGUUUCAUGAUCCGUGGGCUUCGCGAGCUUCAGGAUCGACUCGCCGCGCUCGGCAUUCCCUUCUUCCUCUUUCGGGUACGCACUGGGGUAAAACUUGUCGGGGGAUAUCAGUCUAGUUAUGGCCGACACCAGGAUUUGCCCUGUUUUCCUCCAGGGCGAGGCGGCAGACACCAUACCGCGAUUUCUCCGGGACUGCGAGGCGUCCGUGCUGGUGACAGAUUUCUCCCCGCUGCGGGAAGUGCGCAGAACGAAGGACGAUAUUUGCAGGCGCGUCAGCGCUUCCGUGGCCGUCCAUGAGGUCGAUGCCCACAACGUGGUUCCUCUAUGGAUGGCUUCCGGGAAGCUCGAGUACAGUGCAAGGACUAUCCGAUCCAAGAUACACAAGCUGCUCCCAGAAUACCUCGUCGACUUUCCCGAGCUCCAGACUCCCACUAUGGGAUGGUCAGGGAUAGUUCCUCCGGCGAUUGAUUGGGAGGGGAUCAUGUCCGACAUACUCAGGUGAAUCCACGGUCUGUAAUCUUGCAUUAUUGUGCUAAAUUUUCCCAAUUACUCGACAUUGAGCCAGCUCUUCUGUCAUAUUUAAACAAUUUUGGCAGAGAUGGGGGCGAAGUGCCGGAAGUGGCAUGGUGCGAACCCGGUGAGAGGGCUGCGAUGGAGGUGCUGAUGGGUAGCAGCGAAGGUUUCCUGACGAGGCGUCUAAGGAGUUACGAUUCUGACAGGAACAACCCGCUAAAGCCCAAGGCACUCUCUGGUUUGUCGCCAUACCUGCACUUCGGGCAAAUCUCAGCCCAACGCUGCGCUCUGGAGGCUCAAGCUUUCAAGAAGUCCCAAACCAAAGUAAGUGUGUGCCCGGUCUCAUGCUAUUCUUCUCGUUUUAAUGUCAUUUGGUCCCCAUCGCUUUGAGAUCGCCGUCCCAACUUAGAAAUUGCUCCCCACCAUAUUUCAAUUUCGGCGCACUUAGAUUAGACUGGGUGCACGUACUUCGCCCUCAAGUUGCUAUUGGCUGGUGUUUUUCAGUGUAUUAUUUUCUGACUUCUUACGAGGUUUUUCUUUACGGAUCAACAUAGGGAGCUUUUCUUUUUAGAUAGGAAGCAUAUAUUCAGUUCUACCGAAGCUAGAGAUAACCAACAUUUGGAUACUAAUGAAGACAUCUCCACAUAGACCCUCCUUCAAUGAGAAGGAAUAAUCUCUGCCCUCUCGUUAAAAGAUGUUCAUUUUCCAUUUUUUAUGAUAUAUGACAUUUCUAAUGGCAGAAACCUCCCUUUGUAAUGGGCCGAGCUUCUGUAGUCAGUGGAUGCGUUCUUGGAGGAAAUGAUUGUCAGAAGGGAAUUGGCGGACAACUUCUGCUUCUAUCAACCGCACUAUGAUUCAUUACAGGGUGCUUGGGAAUGGGCUCUGAAAACAUUGAUGGAUCAUGCUGGGGACAAUCGAGAACAUGUUUAUACGUGAGUAACUCUAGUGCAUUGCUGCCACGCCAGAUUUUGAUAGAUUGACACAAGUUAAAUAUGUGCUAGAAUUUAUACUCCCCAAGUCUAAUUCUGCAUUGGUUGCAGGAAGGAACAGCUUGAAGGUGCAAAAACAGCAGAUCCUGUAAGCUGGAAUAUCUCAUCUUUUGUUCAUUUGCUUUGUGUUAUGGAGUAAUUAUGUAUGUUCGGAAGCUGGUGAACUCUAUGUACUGUUUUAACCAUGUUACUUGUACUUUGUCAGCUCUGGAAUGCAUCUCAAUUGGAGAUGGUCCAUCAUGGUAAAAUGCACGGCUUCAUGCGGCAAGUAACUUACCACUUUCUUAUUCUCGGCUUCCUCUUUCUAGUAAUGCAUUCUAUAAUGAAAGAAAUGUAUUUUUUGUUAUCUUCUUAGACCUAUCGUGAUUAUAUCCAUGGAUAGUGUAUUAUUACAUCUUUACUACGAAAUUCCACGAUGUAAUGAGGUUUUAGUCAGUUUUUUUUUGCAUGAAAACCAUAGUUUUUUCUGUGGGGGGACUGAUGGAUUACUUCUACAUUGUUCGUCAACUUUAAAUGUUGAUCCUUUUGAAUGAAUUUUUAGAUUGCUUUCCAAAUUUGCCCAAGUCCGCCGCCUACCCAUUAUUUCCCAUCCAAUUUUGUUUUUUUCUGGAGGGAAUCAGCCUUAAUUCCAGCAAAAGUCAGCCUGGGGUCGGGUGCUUGACUUUGGAUUGACACAUACUUUUAGUUUUUGCACUCUGCUCUCGGGGGUUUAUCUGAACAACGGAGGGGCAUAUUGUUUUAUGAUUGUGGGAUGGGUCAGUUAGAAUUGCCUCAUAUUUUUGAUCCGUACUCUCAUCUUCUCACAUGCUUCUCUAUUUUGAUGUUCUUCCGUAUCACAUCCAAUUUCCUUCAUUCGGGCAAGAUAUGCUUCUAGUUUCUCGCUCAUCGUUUGGACCUUUUUCCAUUCUAGAAUUUCAUAGAGAGAGAAAGGAGUGAUAGAGAAUAAAGAGUGGCAAGAAAGAGGGUAGAAGAUGGUGUAAAGUUUCCCAGUUGGAAUCUCCAUGCCUCAGAGAGUAGGACAGAUUCCUAAGAACCCCAUUCCCCCGAGUGCCCUUCCCGGGUAAGCUAGGUGACUUCUGUAUGGUCUUUCCUCCGAUGGAUGAGCUAUUCUAUUCAUUUGAUUUGCGGCUUUUUAAGGUGACGCGAUGAUUUUGUUUCUUGUUCGUCCACGUGAGAUCUGCUCUCGCGGCAUUCUAAUAUGACGAUUACCUCACAGCAUGUACUGGGCCAAGAAGAUCCUCGAAUGGACAAGUGGACCGCAGGAAGCCCUUGCAACAGCAAUUUACUUGAAUGAUAAGGUAUACGAGAUAGAUAGAUAGAUAGAGAGAGAGAGAGAGAGAGAGAGAGAGAGAGAGAGAGAGAGAGAGAGAGAGAGAGAGAGAGAGAGAGAGAGAGAGAGAGGAGUCCCUAACGUUCUUAACAUCUACUUUUCCAUAACUCUGUUCAUUGCUUGAUUUCUCACAAUAAGCGACUCUCUCCUCCCAGUAUGAACUAGACGGUCGGGAUCCCAGCGGCUACGUUGGAUGCAUGUGGUCCAUCUGCGGCGUUCACGACCAGGUACCCUUUUCUCUGCGCCACGCCACCCUCUCCUUCCUUUCUUCACGGGCGGCUCACCCCCCUGGACGACCGCAGGGCUGGAAGGAGCGGCCCGUCUUUGGGAAGAUUCGCUAUAUGAACUUCGCUGGCUGCAAGCGGAAGUUCGACGUCGACGGCUACAUCUCCUACGUGAAGAGGCUGGUGAGCGAGACCAAGAAGAGGAAGGCAGCCAGCUCGGUCUCGAAGGAUCCCACGGCGGCGAAGAGCCGCCGGCCUCCUCCGAAAGCAGAUGAAUGA